AUGUUCACGGCUUCUGCUCGAAGCCGUCUCUCCACCACUCUCACACGGCCUCGUCUCGCUCCUACAAACUCUCUCCUUGCGCGCUCUGCUGCACAGGUUCCCAUCAUGGCUCGUCGCAAGGCUUCCACAGUCCCCGAGGGAUACGUAGAAGAUCUCUCCAAGGGCAAGAUGCUCCGAUUUGAAGAAUCACUCCCCCGCUUGCCGGUCCCCUCGUUAGAAGAUACCGGCCGCCGUUACCUGAAAUCCGUCCACGCCGUGGUUUCCGAGGCCGAGUACGAGCGUACCAAGAAGGCCGUUGAGGCCUUUAUCCGUCCCGGUGGUGAGGGUCAGCCUCUGCAGGAAAGACUGCUGGCUCGCGCCGCCGAUCCGAAGACCAAGAACUGGCUCACGGAAUGGUGGAACCACGCCGCCUACCUGGGCUACCGGGACCCCGUCAUUCCCUACGUCUCCUACUUCUACUCAUACAAGGACGACCGUAUGCGGCGGAACCCCGUCAAGCGUGCGGCGUCCAUCACGACCGCUGCUCUUGAGUUCAAGCGCCAGGUAGAUGAUGGCUCCCUGGAGCCCGAGUACAUGCGCAAACUGCCCAUGGCCAUGAGCUCGUACGAAUACAUGUUCAACUGCUGCCGUAUCCCCGCCGAGGGCGCCGACUACCCCAGAACGUGCUCCCCCGUCGGCGUUCUGACUGUCGCCAACCGUGACCUGUGGGCCGAUGCUCGGAAGAAGCUGUUGGCAGCCAACCCCGCCAACGAGCAGGCUCUGCGCGACAUCGAGUCCAGCGGCUUCGUCGUCUGCCUCGACGAUGCCACCCCUGUGACGCUGGAGGAGCGGGCUCACCAGUACUGGCACGGAGAUGGCACCAACCGCUGGUUCGACAAGCCCCUGCAGUUCAUCGUCAACGACAACGGCACCGCCGGUUUCAUGGGUGAGCACAGCAUGAUGGACGGCAGCCCCACCCACCGCAUGAACGAUCACCUCAACAACCUCAUCUUCAACAACAAGAUCGACCUCUCCGAGAAGCCCGUGCGCUCCAACCUGCCCGACCCCCGCCCCAUCGAGUUCCACCUGAACUCGGAGGUUCUCGAGGCCAUCGACGCGGCCUCCAAGGAGCACCGCCAGCAGAUGUCUGCUCACGAGCUCAAGGUGCAGUCCUACCAGGGAUACGGCAAGGGUCUCAUCAAGAAGUUCAAGUGCAGCCCCGACGCCUAUGUGCAGAUGAUCAUCCAGCUGGCGUACUUCAAGAUGUACGGCAAGAACCGCCCCACAUACGAGUCGGCCUCGACCCGCAAGUUCCAGGAGGGUCGUACCGAGACCAUCCGUAGCGUCUCUGACGAGAGCGUUGCCUUUUGCAAGGCCCAGGCCGACCCCUCCGUCCCCCGCGAGGAGGUCGUGCGCCUCUUCCGCGCAGCCCUUGCGGCUCACUCUAAGUAUACCGCCCUCGCCAGCGAUGGUCAGGGUGUUGACCGUCACCUGUUCGGACUGAAGAAGCUCCUGCGCGAGGGCGAGAAGCUCCCUGCUCUGUACGAAGACCCCGCCUACGCCUACAGCGGCUCCUGGUACCUGUCGACCAGCCAGCUGAGCUCGGAGUUCUUCAACGGCUACGGAUGGAGCCAGGUCAUCGACGAUGGAUUCGGAAUUGCUUAUAUGAUCAACGAGAACAGCCUCAACUUCAACAUUGUCUGCAAGCGCCUUGGAGCCGAGCGAAUGAGCUACUACCUCAACGAGGCGGCGACGGACUUGAGGGACCUGCUGAUGCCUGACCUGCUGGCCGAGAGCGAGAAGGCCAAGCUGUAA